AUGAACUGGGGAUCCGCCCUCGACUGUUCCCCCGAGUCUCUCUUCACUGCCGGACCUGUCACACCCCCCAUCCUUUCACCAGAUCCAACAUCAUACCCAACCCAUCAACCUGCAGGCUCGACUAGGUCGCAGCGCAUUGAUGGUUCUCUAACCUCUACCAAGGCGGCGAGCCAGCCCUUCAUGUUUGAGCUAUACGCCCUGGGGAUGCGGGUUCAGGGACCCCGUCCCCAAGAGCAGCAGAUACCGCCUGAAGACACAACAAGUGCGCCACUACAACAACAACAACAACAACAACAACAACAACAACAACCGCCACAACAACGACAUUUCUCGCCAGAGAGGCCAUUCCCCUCGCCGAUUGACACGCCCGGGGACGGGCAGGCCUCGUCUCGGCGGGCGAGCAUCGACUCGCUGACCAACAGACUGAGCAAGCAGAACCUCCGACUAGAAGACAUACCGGAGAGGCCGGCGCCGCACACCUGCUACCCAUCGCCGCCGUCGACACAGCACCACCACCACCACCACCACCCGGACUACCAGCCGUGCCCGGCCCUCGAGGUCGACCCGGACCUGUCCCCGGACUCGCCCUCGCGCUGGUGCGCGCCGCUGCCGCUGCCGUGGCGCGCCGACUUCUGCAGCGACAGCGACGCGCCGCCGCCGCCGCACUACACGGACUCGAGGAGGCUGCGGCGGCAGCUGUCGUCCAAGUUCCACAACGACCCGGACAACGCGAGCAGGAUCCAGAAGCUCGUGGAGGGCAUGAUCUCGAGCGGCGAGCAGUGCAACGUCGUCUCGCCGCAGCCGUCGCCCCUGUCCGAGGCCUUCCCCGCCCUCGAGCCGGACGACGAUGCUGACGCCGCCGCUGUCGAGGAGGGGUCCGAAGGGGUGGACGACGGCUACUUCGGGCUGGCCCUUGCGGCGCGGCGCGGCCCCGCGAAGAAGGGUCAUGGCGGCGAGGAGGGCGAGCAGCAGCAGGCGGACCAGCAGAUGAGCCUGCGCAGGGCGAGCACGCCCGGCGGCGUCAGGAAGAUCGGCCCCCUGCGGUACAGGCUGUCGGCCGAGGUGGCGCUGCAGUGCCCCAACGUCGUCCGGAACAAGCCGAGGAUGCGCCGGCGGAAGCCCUCGGUGUCGUCGAGGAGCGGGUGCCCGCCCUUGCCUGUCCCGACCGCGAGCCCGUCCCGGGUGACUGGGUAA